AUGGCUGCACUGUCAUUUAGCUACGCACCUCCUAUAUCGGGUCAGUACACCCAGUAUAUAACAGACGAUGAAGAGUCCUCAAUUGUAUCCAACCUGCAAGAGCAAUGUCAGAAAAUAAUGACAGCAAGAAACUGUCAAAUCUCUGUGAUGACCACUAAAAAUACUACAUUUAAUAACACUACACCUACUACUACAUCUACUAAUACUAAUACAACUAAUACCGAUGUGAAUCUUUCGUUGACCGGCUCUGCUCAAUCAUUAAUGGAGGCCCGUGGUGAUCUGCUAUCAAAGUGUCCAUUGGAGAUCAAAUUGACACUUCAAUUCCCUCCAACAACAAAUUUGCCUCAAUUGACUGAACAUUUCAACAAGCUAGAGCAUGAAUUGACGACAAAAAUCAGUAUUACUCCAGAGAAAUCAGAUGUAUCAUCACUUGUAUCAGACAAUCCUGUCUACAUUGACAUUAUUGGCACUCCAACUCAAGUUGAACUGUGCCGCGUACGUGUGCUAGUGGUUCUAGAUAAAAUUUUGAAAUCAUUCAAGACUGAAGUUGUUCGACUACCAUUGAAAUUGCAAUAUCUUAUCUGUGGCAGAAAGCGAGCUGGCUUAUUACCAAUCAUUGAGGAAACCUCUACCAACAUCUAUUUCCCAUCCCCAUUUACCAAUGCUGUCAAUACAACCACAUCAAAGCUUGUCGAGACUGAUCAAGAUGAGGCUCAGCCUGCAAUUUACAUCACAGGUGAACCCAACCAUGUGUCGCGUGUAAAAGACAUGUUGAAUAAGCUCGCUGUUCAAAAAGCAAAAUCAAUGUAUCACAAGGACACAGCACUUUAUGCAAGAAAAAUAGACUGGCUCUUAUUACACCGUCGAGACGAAUUACGAAAAAUCAUGCACGACAAUGGUGCCUACAUUGAAUUUCCUCCUAUUGGCUCUGGCGAUAAUCGAGUAACUGUCUAUGCCGAGAACAGAGUCAAUGCUGAACGAACAUUGAGAGCACUCAACUUUCAAGCAUGCACCAUUUACGAAGCCUGUUUCUAUUUCAACAACCGGGAUGGCGCCAUCUACGAUCCCGCAGGUGCCCACACAUUUUUUGAUUCUACUUCCAAUCUCUCAAGCUUGGUGUCUCAGCUCUCUCAAGUUUCCGGCUCUGAAGUCAUUUACAAGACCGAUCCCGGAUGUAUUGAAGUGUUGGGCGCUGAACGUGCUAUUCGCAAUGUCUAUCAACGAUUACAGGAGAUGCAAUUCCUUCAGGUCUUUCAUCAGUAUACGAUUUUUCGAGUGGAAUCAUCCAACGAGCAGCGAGAUUUCAUUUCUGGAAAGAAAAAUGGCAAGAUCAACAAGAUCAUGAAGACGUCGGGAGCAAAGAUUCGAUUCAUGCCGUUUAUCAACGAGUACAAUUUCAUCAUUGAAGUGGAGAGCACCAGUUUUACCAAGGCAUUGGAUGGUCUCACUUUGCUGCAAGAAGAACUUCCCGCUGAAAUCUCGUUUUAUGUACCCGAAUCUUACCACAAGCGCAUCAUUGGCGUUGGCGGAAAAAACAUUCAGCGCAUCAUGAAGAAGUACGGUGUUUAUGUCAAGUUUUCGAAUACGGAAGAGUUUGCUUCUCUGGGCGGCUAUUACAACAACCAGGACAAUGUCGUCGCUCGUACCCCCAUGAAGAAUCAGAUCAACCUCGACAAUUUACGCCAUGCCGUCAUGGAACUGAUUCAUCCAAAAGACAGAGACUACAUUACGGAAACCAUUCAAAUCCCAUUCAGCCUUCACAGAGACUUGAUUCACGAAUAUCAGAAUACGUUCAUUGCGGAAGAAUUGAUCAAAAAGACAAACACACACGUUCUGUGGCCUGAUGCCGAGUUGGCUAGUAAUACGGUUGAGCUGCUAGGUCCUGAAGCUCACAUGCCACUGGCCUUUAAGAUGAUGGAGAGCAUUGUUCCUGAAGCAUACGUUCUGCGUAUUCCUGAUGGUGCUGCUGCCUUCAAUGAUGCUAUCUCGUCUGGUCUGUUCCAAGAGCAAGUGGUCUCUCGUCUUCAUCAAGAUUUUGAUGUGAUUGUUGAAACUGGUGACAAUUUCAUUCGCUUGAACAUGAGCAGAGACAAAGUCUUGGACGUACUGCAUGGUGCUUUGACCAUUGUUAUCGAUUAUCUCAAGAGCCAGCAAGUGACUUUGAACGAGGAUGUCAUCAAUGCGAACGCUUUGUAUGCCAUUGUUGAGAAGAAGUUGGCUUUAUCAGCUCGAAAGACCAUCAUGUCCAGCAGCAGCACAAGCAGCAGUUUACUGGAUGCGUCAAGUUUAUUGAAGCAACAUCAGCUUAAUACUCAGUCCAUCAUUGGCAACCCACCUUCUAUCUCAAUGAUGCGAUCCUCAAAUGACGCUGUAUACACUGCGCCCAUGGGCUCCAGCAGCAACACGCACAGCAACAAUGCCACGCCUCCUCCUCCUCAAACGUACAACUUUUUCAACUUUCAACAGCACGAAAGCAUGCCUAUGGAUAGCAGUAGCAACUGGGCUUCUCUCAGUUCGUCCCACAUGUCACAGCAGCAACAACCCAUACCGUCCGUUACAACAGCUUCAACCUCUGUACAUUCCAAUGGAAGCGGUAGUGAUAGCAAUAUUCGAGCUAUAUUUGAUGCACCGAUGGAUCUGACUGAACAAGAACGAGUGGUGCUAUCCAACUAUCGUUACCAGCGCAUGAGCAUGCCUCCAGGCACUAAUUUUGGGUUCCCUCAAGCCGUUCCGACUACACCUACCAACACAGACAUUUGGUCAACGCCCUCGCAGAUUCCUACAGCAACCUCAAGCCGUAGACCAACUUCUGGUUUCUCAACGUCUGGUAUGACUAGUCCGCCACAAUCCAGACAUUCUGUGGGUAGUAAUUACGGAAGCAACGCUGGAAACGAUUUGAGUUUAAGGCGAUACAAUGAAGGCGCCAACAAUGCUUUCUAUCCUGCACCUAUGGUUCAUGGACAUAUAUCGGCUGCUCCCUCUUCUGCUAAUGCUGGUGUUGGCGGUGCUGGGUCAUCCACUGUGGCCGGUGAAUUCAAUCCUUACAAUGACGCUACAUCUACAUCAGGUUCAUUGAAAUCGAGCCAAUCGAUGCCUGAGCCCAUGCUGGAGAGUCAUUUCAGUACAGGCAGAUCAACAUUUCACCAACAGCAGCAGGCUUCUCAACAGCAACAGCAACAGCAACAGCAGCAACAGCAACAGCAGCAGCAGCAGCAACAACAACAGCAGCAGCAGCAACAGCAGCAGCAAACUUCACCUAGUGCAUUCCAUGCAUCGCAUCAGCAAGGAUUCAGCCAACUGAAUCUCGGUAAUUAUAGACAAUCAAACCCUGGCGGUGGAUUUGUUUCUCGUAAUACGCCACCCAGUCAUGACCAAUUCUUCAAUAGCAAUGAAGAAAUCAAUGUGGUCCAAGGCAUGCUUGGCAACUUGUCAACCAACGAUACUACAACAUUCGAUCCUCGUCGCCCACCUCCGUCGUCUUCUACUUCGAAUAAUGAUUAUGAUAACAACAACAAAGGAUCCCGACCUCCACCAGGUAUUGAUAUCUAA